AUGUUGGGCCUCAGCAAGUACCCACUAUUCUGCCUGGCGUACAUUAUGUUUGGCUCAUCCUUCUAUGGCUACGAUUCUGGCAGGAAUCACUACCUCUUCCUGGCAUAUGAAAGCUUCCUCACAUACUUCAAGUUUAAUGCCAAUACCAUUGGAUCCUUCAACUCAGCAUACUACGCAGCGUGCGUCGUCGGCAGCUUUAGAUAA